AUGGUCGCCGGCAAUGCAGCCGAGAAGGGCCGCGCUCUUAUCGACACAGUCCCUCAGAUGCUCGCUAACCCGGGCGCCUCGCCCGCCUCCGUCGGCGGCGCGCCCAUCCCCGACAUGAUUGUCGUAGGCGCGACCGACAUUGACGGCAUACGCGCUCCCUUGUCACAGGACGCCGAUUACCUCACAACGUACGCGCCCGGCAAGCUGGUCCGCAUCCCCGAUAAUAUGGGCACUUACACCUGGCGAGACACCGGUACGUCCCUAGCAUCGCCCCAGAUCGCCGGACUGAUCGCCUACUGGCGUGCACUGCCGUCGCGCUGGCAGACCCAGCUUCAGCAGCCCGCCAACGUCAAAAAACUGCUGCGCGCGCUGCACCGGCCCAUUGCCGUGCCCGGCCGCCCGAUCGACGCCCUGAGCCGACGCAUCGCCUGGAACGGCCAGGUGCUCGACAAGAACUGCCUGCUCGACGCGCCCUCGGCCAACGGCAACGACUGGUCGCAGGUUUGCCCUACGCUUGAGGACAACCUGGCCGCCCAGCCGGACGGCCCCUCCGCCGACAGCUGCGCUUAUCAGCCGGCUAGAGUUAACCACGCCCGCGGCAUCCACCAACACGACGCACCGAACAGCUGCGGCUGGCCCGGCGACUCGGACGCGCAGUCCAUUUCCUUUACGCCGAGCAGCGUGGCUGGACCGAUUUGCACAGCCGGCGGCUGCGGCACGCUCUGCACCGGCUACUACUGCGCACCGCAUCCCACCGGCACGCCGCCCGACUUUCAGGAUCCUAAGGAUCCCAACAACGGCAACCACCACAGCACGACGCUUAUUGGCGGUGACAGCCAGCCGAGCAAAACCGCGAACCCGCCACUGCCCCCGCCGCCGACAACGACAACCGCGCGGCCCUUCCCGACACCGACCAACGGCCGCGUCGUAAUCGUGCUGUCCGAGGAAGACGACCAAACGCCCGGAGGGCGCACGUUUAUCCGAACGUGGCUGGUGUACAACAUGCCCGGUGACAUUCAUACUAAAUACGACUUGUGUAACAUGCCCACUGAAGACGUUCUAUCCACGCCCGCAGACACACCGGCGGCCGGCGUGCAGUUCCCACCCGAUCUCGGCCCCUUUGUUGUUCAGAGCAGCUCGUGUCAGUACCGCGGCAGCGAGGAAAAUCUGGGCGGCCUGAUCUGCAAGGGCCUGGGCUUGGUUGUCUGCUAUGCGAGCAAGACGAGGAAGUACCGCGCCAUAGAAUUGGUGCAGGUCGUCAUUUGCUUUUACUAG